AUGAUCCGUUUUUGGACCCUCUUACAAACCCGCCUUCGCCUUCGGAUCCGCUUGCAUAUCCUACGUCGAACCCCACCUCUAUCGCAUCCACCACCACCACAAUCGCCGCCACCGCCAAAUUCGGUGGAUCGAGCACGCACCGAACUCACAGUGCAUCUCGACGAUAAGCACGCUCUCGACUGCUACGAUGUGCUAUUGCGCGCAUAUCGCGCCUCGCCGCUAUAUGAGCCGGACAGUAAGGAGGAUCCUUACGCUAGGAUCGAGAUUCUCGAAGCAACACUCGCACAUUUGGACACCGCAGUCUGCGGGCGAGCGGAAGAGCUCUCUAUCGCUUGAAGGUGGAACAAAAAUAGGACAACACAGGACACCGCAGACAAUGGCAGCAAGAAGCCAAGGAGCGACCUGGCGAAGAGGCUCAGAGGACUCGGAACUUGUCCCUGGAAACUACGUCCCCACCAGAUAUGGCGCGAUCUCGGGGUGGAAGCGCUGUCAUGCGAGU